CUCGCCGAAAACAAAGAAGAACAUCAAUAGUGAUAGYCAUAACCAYCCAUCAUGGCGACGACUCGGUUGCAGCUAUCGCUGAGCGGCAAAAAUCUGAAGAAUUUAUCGGGUUUUAUGGGAGUGUCCGACCCGUUUGCUGUGGUGACAAGCCGGGGUGACAACAAGGACAACGCACCCGAAAUUAUCGGGCGAACGGAGGUGUAAGUCGUCAACAACAGCCGUCGUCAUCGGGACGAGGUCUUUGCAAAUAGAUGCRAAUGCAAAUGUGCUUGGUUUUGAUGCGAUGYGGUAUAUGUUGUGUUKCUUAUUUUGUGUUACUUCAUUGAGAGAAGAAGAACGAAUGGGUUUAUGCCAGGAGUCCAGAGUCUCAUCAAAACCUUUUUGUUGGUGGCUAAACAUUCACCUCCACUUCCCCCGUAACACGCACAAUUGAUAUGCGUUGUAUAAUGUUUCUAUGCAGGGUCUUCAACAAUCUGAAUCCGGAAUGGUCGACUAUUGUGUUUCUAGAUGGCUACAAAUUUGGACGCCCAUUCUAUAUCGAAGUCGGCGUCUUUGAUUUCGAUGCAAAGGCCGCCGGGUCAACAGAAAAGAAACUCCAGAUGAACGACGCCCAAACUAAUCUCAACAUUGUCUACGAUGCCUCCAGUCGGGCACUCCUGCGCAAAGGGCAAUUUCCGCACCGCGUCAUGGGGACAGCCUUGUUCGAGGUAGGCGAGAUUCUCGGGUCGCGUGGCAAUGUCGGAUCGAAGUCCCUUCAAACCGGUGGGAUCAUCUACGCCCACGUCGAGCGCUGUAAGGAGGACGGGGAACAGGGAAAAUUUUGCUUCCAGYUGCGGGCCUUUAAGCUCAGAAACACCCAUAGCAGUCUCAUGGGAAUGACGUCUUGUCCUUUUUUCGAAUUGCUCCGAAAGGUUGAUCGCCCCACCGGUGCAGCAUGGUAAGUAACCCAAAGCAUCAAUACUGCUGUACGAUUAUACGUAACGCGAUGUUAUGCGGCGCAAAACAAUGGUGGGAUGAMAACGGUGUAUCUUGGUGGUAUGUAUUACAAUUGUGAGUGUGCUAACUGUUCGUAUGGAUUCUUUCGAUUUUUUUGUAAUUGAAAAAAUGAUGAAUUGAAACAAUUCCAAAAUUCAACGACAACAAAAACAGGGUCAAGGUGUACCAAUCGAACGUCGUUAAACGCGAUUUACAACCAGURUGGAACGAAGCAACGCUCGACUUAGAAGCGAUUUGUAAUGGAGAUGUCAACCGUGCGAUGAAAAUUAUUAUUUGGGAUCAUCGACGAUCAGGCAAGCACAAACUCAUGGGGGAAUUUGAAACCUCUGUCCGGGGACUUAUAAACGCCUCUCGAUCUUCCAAUUCGAACGAACUCAUUAACUUUCCCGUACAACGGCAAGACAAUAAACCUGCCGGUGAUUGCGAGGUCAUGAAGGCAUACAUCAUUGGUGGACGAGAACGAGACGUUGGAAUGUCACACUCGAUGCCAACGGCUCAUGUCACGCAACAAAUGGCAGCGGCGUCAAUUUCCCAGUCRAUGCCUUCUCGCGAGUCUCCAUCUGUUCCCGCCCAGAGACCAGAAUUCACGGAUUACCUCAUAGGGGGAUGUCAAAUAAGUUUGGCGGUCGCAAUCGAUUUUACAGCAUCAAAUGGUGACCCACGGGUCCCGGGCACACCACAUUAUUUUCAUUCAGCCGGGUCRAAGCAAUGGAACGACUACGAAAAGGCUAUAUUUGCGGUCGGAUCGAUCCUCGCCAAGUACGAUUCAGACAACAAAUUUCCUGUCUGGGGUUUUGGUGCAAAAUAUAGCGACAAGGUGAGGCACUGCUUCCAGUGUGGAACCGAUGUUGAAGUAGAGGGAGUCCAAGGAAUCAUGGACGCUUAUCGGGGUGUCUUCCGAACACCGCURCGAAUGUCCUUUCCAACCAAAUUUACGGAGGUYAUUCACACGGCAGCGGGCUAUGCACAACACGAACAGGUACGUUCUUGCAUAUCACUUUUGGAUGGUAUUGUUUCUUGUUAGUAAUAUUGAUUGGGAAGGUGUAGAGAAUGUCAAUCAAUAGAUCAAUCUUCCGCAUGACUAAAACAAGCUGACGACAUAUGAUUCUUCGUGUACAACAACUAUUGUUCCGAUCUAGGAGGGCGCACGGGAAGAAGGUCAUUUAUCAUACACAAUUCUGCUCAUCUUAACGGCGGGGAACGUAGAAGAUGUUCAGGAGACAAAGAAACAUCUGAUUGCCGCUAGCAAGGAGCCGCUCUCGGUGGUGAUUCUCGGCAUAGGAGACGAAGACUUUACUGGCAUGGAAUUCUUGGAUGCCUUUGAUGCCGAUGUCGAAAAGGGACGCGACAUAACAAAAUUUGUGAAGUUCAAUGAUUACAAGAGCUACAACGCUUUGACGGAGGCGGUCUUGGACGAGAUUCCAGAUCAACUCGUCGAAUACUACUACGAUCAAGGGAUCAUGCCAGGCAUAGUCGAGGACUUCAAUGCAGACAUGGUGGAAGUYCAGCCAGCUGACGACGAYGAACGAACGUUCACCUUCCUCGGAUAGGGCGUAGAUGUUGAAUWAACAUGGAGAAUGUGACAAUGGCAAUGGCAAAUACGACAACGAUAGGCGUGACAUGGCAUCGCUGCUACUUGAUGUGCAAGUAAUGUAUUAUUAUUAUUAAGUGGACUACCUAAUAGCGUAGUAAACGUGAGGUCUUGAAUAGAGAGCAAUCUAUUUU